UUUUGUGACACAUAACUUUUUAAUGCAUUUUUCAAUGUACAAUACUCCACGAUUUCAUUGGGAGAAGAAUGGUAUGCAAAAGUUCUAAUCCUUUCACAUCCAAUUAAAUUAGUGAAAGCUUUAAAUAAGCUGCUUCAAAUUAAGAACCAUGAUCAGUCGUGACGGACGUAAGGACCAUCAAAUCUUAAAGCCCUGUGAGUAUAAAAGAUAGUAAUAGUCUUUGCUGAAAUUUCACUCAAAGGAAUUGCUUCAAGCCAUCUAGAAAACCUAUCAUUUAUUUGAUAACGCAAUGGGAGGGUUAGCAUACAUCCCUUCACAUUGCCAAGAGUGCCUAAUAAUUUUUGCCUAAUAUUUUAUUUUAAAUUGACCAAUUAGCGAUGUGCGCUAUCGAAUCCCUCUCAGCGCAACAUCCCAAAGUCGGAACAGGGCCUAUCUCUCGUACGUAUGUUCGUGGUGCGCAGGUUGUACAUAAACAUAUAAAACUUACAGUUUAAUAUUCUUGGUGGCUUGCUAGAAUGCCGAAGAGGAGCUAUGAGCACAUGAAAAUUUCUUGGAUCUGCUGGGAAUCGAACCAUGGUGGAAGGGAUAACAUGCGUUACACAGUUGGCAGCCUUAGUCUCUUAUCGACAUUUGUAGACGGCGGAGAUUCAGAGAGAGAUGCUUCCAAAUUGCACACAUCAUGUUAUCCCUUCACCAUGGAUCGAACCCGUCUCCUAGCAUAGAAAACCUCGUGUUCAGAAAACCUAUCAAUCAUAGAUAAUGAAAUUGUUUAUAGGAGUAAAGGUCCAAUAAUAUCAAGUCAGUUCCAAAACACUUGCAACACUUUUUUUCUAUGGAUUUCGGAACUCAGUUGUAGAAUGGUUGAACAUAAAUGUUUAGAUUUAUAAGUAGGAACCAAUUACUUGGUGAGAAAGCUGCAUUCUGAAACCCAUAAAAAAAAGUAUUGCACUUUCUGUGAUCGGCUGUACAUAUGUUGAAAACACUAAUCAGCAAUAGCAAUCUUGAAAGUUAAGUACUUGGAAUAUUUUUGGAUUUUAACACGUUAACAAGAUAAAUAUGAUCUAGACUAUUCCUUAACAACUUUCUUUAUGAAAGGCCAAAUAAAUUUUUGCAGAAUGGUCUCACAAGAAGAAUUACUGCUGAGAUGAGUUAAUGAUCAAAAAUUCAUCUUCAAAGACGCUGAGGAACAUAAGAAUAUACAUUCCGUAGAACAGUCACAAUAAAUGGAAGUAAUCGAUCCACAAAGUAUCAUCUUUUGUAACUUUAAAGCUGAUCCUGUUGAGAAUAAAGUCUUUAAUUCUUUGUCUUCUAGAUGAACUUCAGUAAAUUCUUCGAGAAAGAUUAUAACUGGCAUAGAAUUUACUCUUGACAGAGCGUCCGCAAUGAAAUUGUGUUCCCUAAAGAUAUGUUCUAUAUCUGUGAAAAAUUGAGCAAUAAAAUCAAGUUGUCGAAUUUGCUGAGGACAAGCUUUAUCCAGUUUCUAACGGAAACCGUUAAUUUAUGUUAUCCGAAAAUGAACGGUUUAUGAUCAGUUCUGACGAUUAUUUUACAUCUCUCUAGAAGAGGUGGCACCAAAUUGGACAUGGCUCGAUUGGACACGAGUAACUCAUAAUAAUUAAGACUAGAAAAUCCCUAGGCGGUCGCUGUAAUUAAUGAUUCAAUCAAGCCGUGGUUAAUCAAGAUCCUCUUCUUUAGAAAGUAUCUAAAAUAUUUAAUGGUUAAAUAAUCAAUUCCCAAAAACUCUCAAUAAGUAAGAACGUUGGGAAUUAUUAAACUUUUUCGAGAAAAAGUUAUAUUAAUUUCAUCACUAUUUAGUGAUGCACCAACUGCUAUGUCAGAAGCAUUACAAGUUAGAACAAGAAGGACAGAGCUGGAUGAGUUAAUAAAGUCAUGACUUGCAAAACUUCUUCCUUGGAAUUACUGAAGGCUUAUCUUUCGUUUCAGGAAUCGAGGGAAAUCUUUUGUCACGUUUCCUGUUAUUCUUGAGAAAUUUUUGAUUUUCAUUGAAUGUUACACGAAGAUUUCUUAGGCCCGUGGGGCCUGUUAAUUGUAAUUGUGAUAGGAGUAGGAAUCAUCCUAAUCGCGUUGCUCCUGUUCGUCUGUUUUCUCAUGCCCGGUUGUAUCGGUUAUGAAUACUUCAGAAAACAACGCAAAGAAGUUAAGAGUGUGCCUCUGCAAACGAAGAAUCAAGAGAAGGAGAACUUAAAAUUAAAUGAUGUCAGUUAUAGAUCUUGGAGACUUGGUAGUCUAUACGAAAAUGACAAUAAUGGUACUAUUAGUGAGAAUGCAGAAUCUCAGAGGAACUCGUUCAAUUCUACCACUGCUCAGUAUAAAAAUAUGGACUGUUCUUCUACACUGAAUUUGAUUUAUCCAGAUAAACAGAAAAAUGAUAAAAAGAUGAAAGAGUUUCCAAUCGAAUUGACAAUGAGCUUGCAAUAUUUGCCGCCCUGUGAUAAUAUUAUCCCCGGAAAGCUCGUUAUCGGUAUUGAAGCUCUAUGUGGUCUUCCUCCCAAACAAUAUAACGGUACAUUGGAACCUUACGUUGUAUUGAAUAUUAUGAAACAAUCAUGGAGCUACAAAAAGCGGCAAAAAUUGCAUAGUUUUAGAACAAGGGGCAUCAAGCAUACCGCCAAUCCGAUUUACAAAGAGACUUUUGUAAUUGCAAACAUAAAACCACAGGAAGCUAAGGAAUGGAUAUUAGAUAUCGCUGCGUAUGAUCAUGAUAGAUAUGCAAAUCACACAGAAUUAUGUUCGCUUAAGGUAUUGCUAAAAGAUAUAAAGAAGAUAUUUUACAGCCCGGAAAUUCACAUGUUUAAUUAUAAAAUGAAGCCGUCUUAUCAGGAAUUUGGCCACAUUUUGUUAGCUGUAAGCUAUCUACCUACUGCAGAAAGAUUAACUAUUAACAUUAUGAAAUUACGCGAUAUUAAAUUUAUACCAACUGGCUUGAGUUUAAAUGAAUUUAAUCCAUACGUUAAAGUAUUAAUGUUAAAUGGAAAGACGGGUAAAAAAAUGAAGAAGAAGAAGACCAAAUACUUGCGCACAAUUGCACAGCCAGAAUUUAAUGAGACAUUGACGUUUAACUUAGCAGUUACACAACUCGAUACUGUCCAAUUUUUAGUGGUGGUUUGUAGCAAGGUUUUACCAGAAGGAUUACCUGCUAAUACCGCCGAUGCUAGUGACAGUGAAGAUUCUGUCAAUUCGUUCAAAAGGUCUACCGGUACUUUUAUUGGUAAAGUGGCUCUUGGAAAAGGUGUGAGAGGUUCGACGGAAAGAUUGCAUUGGUUCUCAGUGCUUCAAAAUCCAAGAAAACUUGUUACUGUCUGGCAUACUUUGAAAUAAAAACCAUUAUUAUUUUAUUAUAUA